CUGUGACUGAACAGAGCCCCUGCUGGGAGCGGUGCCCGCAGGUACCUGAUUGUUGGCUGAAGCUCCUGGAAUUUUUCUCUUAUUGAGAUAGAACUUGGCUGAAAUCACAUUGCACAUAUAUUGUACACAAAUGCUUAGCCCAAGCCCGAGAAUUACUAGAAUCCUCCAGUUAGACAGAUUCAAACUACAGUGGGAGUUCUGUCUAGGAAGAUGCAGCCUCUGAACAAGUUGAUGGCUAUCUCAAAACCUCAAAACCUGAUUCGACGUGAACAAAGUGAAGCCCUAAAAGCAGAAGUGUCCUGGCAGCAGGAAUCCAUCCCAGUCAUGGAAACAUAUGACUCUGAGGCCUCUCGUCAAAAGUUCAGACAUUUCCAGUAUUUCGCAGUGUCUGGGCCUCAUGAAGCCCUGUGUCAACUCUGGGAGCUCUGUCUUCAGUGGCUGAGACCAGACAUUCAUACAAAGCAGCAGAUCCUAGAGCUGUUAGUGCUAGAACAAUUUCUGACAAUUCUCCCUGAAGACAUCAGGACUUGGGUGAAUUUACAGCAUCCAAAGAACAGCAAAGAAGUGGUGUCCCUCAUAGAGGAUGUGAUUGAAAUGCUUAAAGAUGAAGAGCUACCCUGCAAGGAUUCUGUCCUCCAGAAGGGGAGCAUCAAGGAGAAAAUGGAAUCUGACUCACUAACUGGCGAUUCCCAGGAACCAGUGACAUUCAAAGAUGUGAUUGUGGAAUUCAACGAGGAAGAGUGGGGACAACUGGACCCUGCUAUAAAGACUCUGCACAGGGAUGUGAUGCUGGAGAACUAUAGGAACCUGAAUUCGUUGUAUCAAGAACAUCUAUUUUCCAAGCCAGUUGAGAUCUCCAAGUUGGAGAGUAAGGAAAGAAGAUGGACAGUGGAGCACAAAAUCCCAAGCACAUCUGUUUUGGACAGAGAGAUAAUUUCAGAAAACCAAGAUUCAAUUCCAAAGCAAAGAAUUAAUGGAAAAAAAUCCUCUCCUGGAAUGAUUAUGACAAGACUGACCAAAAGUAGAUCCCCUUCUUUAGAUGCUUGGAUGAGUGAUGAUUGGUUAUAUAGGAACCAGGAACACUGGGACAUAAAUUUGCCAGAAGAAGCUUUUGUUCAUAAGACAGUCUACACUGAGGUGGGAAACUUUAAAGUUAGUGAGAAUAAGAAAAGCUUAGAUGUUAAGUCAGUUAAUUCAAUUUUGGGUAUACAACAAGGAAAUCCUAUGAGAAAGGGGUCCUCAGAAUGUGGUAAGUUUAAAACUAACUUCAAAUUUAACUUAGACUCAGGUAAGCAAUAUUCAGAAUAUAAUGAAUGUGGGAAUGCCUUGAGCCUGAGUAUAGAUAUUCAACACCCAGAAAGUCAUACCUCAAUGAAUUCCUAUGAAUGCUAUCAAUGUGGGAGAGCCUUCAGCCGGAGUUCAUCCCUCAUUCGACAUCAGAUCAUUCACACAGGAGAGAAACCCUAUAAAUGCAGUGAAUGUGGGAGAUUCUUCAAUAGACGUACAAACCUUACUAAGCAUCAAAAAAUUCAUACUGCUUCAAAGGUCUGUGAAGACAGUAAAUGUAGAAAAGCUUUCAGUGAGAGUGAAGACAGUAAUAAAAAUUCAAGACUUCAUUCUGGAGAUAAUCCCUACAAAUGUGUUAACUGUGGAAAAUCCUUCAGCCGGAGCUCCUCCCUUAUUCGACAUCAAAUGAUUCAUACAGGAGAGAAACCAUUCAAAUGUAAGGAAUGUGAGAAAACCUUCAACAGGAGUUCAAACCUUAAAAAACACCAAAAACUUCAUACUCAAGAGAAGUCCUGUAAAAGGAAGACACACAGACAUCAAUGAAUUUAACAUCAAUGAAUUUAUACUA